AUGCCUCUUGAAAACGACCUUCGAAAAACAAGACCUCUCAGAAGAAACUAUUCCCUAAUUAACACAGGUGAUAAGAGAUUAUUCAGCAGAAGUGAGAGCACCAAAACUGAUGGAACUGACCCCGAAGACCCCGAGAGUUUUGGCAACGAUGGUGAUGAGGUAUUUAAGGACAGCGAUGAAAUAUACAAGGUAAUCAACAUUAGUCCAUGCGAAGUGCGACCUGGACCAGAAUUUCUUCUGCGGAGUUACAAAUUUCAGAACGAUAGCCGCUACACCGCUCACCAGUAUUUCUACGCCGACCCAGCAUGCUCCGUCCCACUCUACAGCGUGGUCUCGCGCGGGAAAUUAGAAAACAUUAGGGACUCGUGGACGAUACCAGGGGCGGCUGAAGUCGAUUAUCAACUCUCUCAAGUGACCCUGACGCCUUACGAAGAGAGGCAAACCAUGGUUUUGGAAAGAAUGAUCAACAGCACCUGCCCAGAAUUGGUGAAAUCAAGAUGGCGUUCCUACAGCCCUUACGACAUUUACAACUAUGUUGAAGUCGGCUCGGAAGGCGGAGACGGCAUAGUGGUGCUAGACCGAGAUUGUACUAGUGUUUUGUACUUCAGUAUACAUGAAUUGCAACUUAUUCGCAUUGAACAGCGCCAUCAUCAUCGACGACUGAAGACGGAACUGUUCCUGGGUGACAUCCACACGGACAAAACACAGAGAGCCUCGUACCGACCCAAAGGGUUCCAACCUCCGCUCGUUAGGACAGACAGCUACGGCUGUCACCUUUGUGAUAAAAUGAAGUUCACCAACGAGCUCGAGCCUCCCCGUCUCCGUGUCAAAUCCGUGGAGAGAGGGACGGUCGAUGGAGACUGGAUCAGCACGCGAUGCGAGACCCGUCCAAACUCCAUCUUCGUCAAGCGUCGCCUUCACUUCAACCUGGAAGACUCCACGUGGCAUGGCUUCUACAGUCACUUCACCGAUCCCCUGUGCGCUGAGCCGUCUUUCACCCUCUCGGCUAGCGGGACUUUCACGAACGAGGGUCCCUCGGCGAAAGUUCCGGGCGCGCGCGAGUUUAAGUUCAGCGUCACCGUGAUGAAGAUUCGGCCUGACACGCAGACAUAUGCUAACAAUCUGAACGCCGAGCCCGUGGGCUCGUGCGGCAUACCUGGAAAAUGGGAGACCGGAGCAUUUCAAGAUGUUCAAGACACGGGCGGGUGUACUCGACUUGGCGUUUCGGUGCCGUACGUGGAAUAUGAAAUACUGAAGCUGGAAACGACCCACCGGAGCACCGAACUCUACCUAGGACAACGUCCAAGUGACGGCGCGCAACCGUCGUCACCUAGCAACAGACCAACGUCGUUCCAACCCCCCUUACGCAAAUGCUUAGCUGAAGUAGAACAAAAAGCGACCGUCCAAGACUAUUCUGUUGAUUCGGGUUGUGCAUGUUCUGUGUUGUCUACGUACUGUGCUAUUUUUGCGUUAAUCUUAAGUUUCGCCACGAGUCGCUGA